UUCUGGUUUCCUGGAAUAUUCCGACCGACCUUUUGAAACCAGCACACACUUAAAACAUCCGCCGAUGAUGAAAUUAGGGAAAGAUGUGACGCUGGCCGGACUGGAGAUGGGUCUGCUCACCAUGAAGAAAGGAGAGUUCUCUCGUUUCCUCUUCCAACCCAAGUACGCAUACGGGGACAUGGGUUGUCCCCCGACCAUUCCUGCUGCCGCCAUGAUUCUGUACGAGGUUCAGAUCCUUGACUUCCUCGACUCAGGACAAGUGGACGAGUUUGUCGCACUGAGUCAGGAGGAGCAGAACGCCGUUCCUCUUCCCAAACUUCUUGAGGUUGUAAACACAGUGCAAAUCUUUGGCAACCGCUGCUUCAACCAGAGGCGUUACCAUAUCGCCAAAGAUCGCUACAAAGAGGCCAUGGCACUGCUGGUAAGCCGGGAAUCACAGACCGAUGCAGAAAAGGAGAAGAUCAACGCAGCCCUGCUUCCUCUCUAUCUGAACCUCUCUGUCACCCAGCUGCAUCUGGAGAACCCGCACAAGGCGCUGAAGUACGGCAACAAAGCCUUGGAGAUCGACUCAGCCAACACCAAGGCUCUUUACCGCUGUGGAAAGGCGUACCUGGAGCUGGGUGAGUACGAGAGCGCCCAGGGUUGCCUCAUAAGUGCUCAGGCAAAGAAGCCCUUUGACGGUGACAUCAACAACCUCCUGAGGGAAGUGACAAUAUGCUAUAAAGAAACCUUGGACAAGCAGAAAGACAUGUACACCAAGAUGUGCAGGGACUUCAGGGGAGAGUGCAAGUGAAGAUGUAAAAGAUGACAAAGGGCUUGAAGGUUCAGUCGCACAUCUUUCUCACCGGUUUAAAUAAUUCUGUUCCAACGUUUCUGUUUUUCCAUAUGUUAUGGAGCUAAUAAUAUUGUAUAGAUUAAUUUGUAAUUUCGUUGAAAGAAUUUAUUAUUUACAAUUCAGUAAAGUGUUUGGCCUCUGCAGUGUUUAUUUCUGUUAGGUUGUUUUGGCAGAAUUAGCCUAAAUCUUAUGGCAGGUAGAACGUUUCCAUGAACAACCUUGAGUGGCUGUAUUUUCUAUGAAGCUGCCACACAUGUAUUUCUCAAUACUGUUUGUACAAGAGUGUCAAAUGUUUCCUUGGGUUCUGCUCACUUCUGAGUUGCUUAAGAUGACAAAUUAAAACAAUUCACUUCUAA